CACCGGGGUAAAGGUGACUGCUUUGUGCUGCACUGACUGUAAUUUGACUGCCGCCCUCAGAGUAUCAGUCAGUCGACUUUUUUUUCAGUCCGUGAGUGAAGUGCACCUGGAAACUUAAUUUUUUUUCCUCUCCCCAAUAUGUCCAUCAGUCGGAAAAACUGGUCAGCUUUGUCCAGCCUCGCUCGUCAGUGGACGAUGGAGGACGAGGAGGAGGUCGAGAGGGAGAAACGGAGGAGGGUGAAGAGCUCCAGCUCCACCGCCGACCCAGAUUCUGACUUGAGUCCUACAAAGAUAAACACAACCAGCAGUGACAGCCCCACUGGGACAGACUCCAGUGAGACAUCCCAGGGCCUCAGCAGCGUGGAGCAGAUGCAGCUGGACUUUGUGGAGAUGCUGCGAGUGCGCGACGAAAAGCGGAGGAUGAGACACGUGGAGACAUUGAGACGACAGAAGGAGGAGGAAGAGGUGGAUGAAGGGGAGGCGGGCAGAAGAGGAAGUGCCAGGGUGGAGAUACUGGGAGAUCUGGAUGAGGAGCAGGGCAACAACACGCUCAAAACACAACCACCUUCAAAACCCCCCAGCAGUCCCAUCAACACCAGCAGCAACAAAACCAGAAUCAGCAUCACAAACAGACAACAUGAAAAUGGAGAGUCGUCGGGUAAGGACCCUGAUCCUAAAACGUCAUCCAGCCCGACCCGCAAGUUUGUCAGUUCUGUCUCCAUCUCACUGGACAAGAGUCCCUCCGUCAGCGGUUGCACAUCUCCCAUGAGCCCACGCUCUCCGACGGCAACCUGGUCGCCACGGGAACACUGGCCUUCACCCUCUCAGAGUCCAUCUCCUCAGGGGGGUAGAAGCCCCCUUCAGAAUGGACAUGCUCAGGAGACCAGUUUGAAUGAGUCUUCCGCCAAUGGAAACUUUGAACCGACGGCCAAACCUGCCUUUGUCAGACAGAGCUCCAGGACUGUAUCUUUCAGGAUGAUGAGAAAGAAAGAAGAGGAGAUUUCACCGCUGCAGAGGAGUGCAAGUGUGAGGAUGGCCUCCAAGAAGUUCGAAUUUAAUACAGACCAAAAUGAAGAUGAAGACAAAGCGUCAUCUCUCCAGAGAAACUCCAAACAGAGGAUUUCAUCCAGAUCCAUCAAGGAGAAGAUGGAGAGACUGGCUCAGGCUGCACAGAAGUCAGAAGCGACGCGAUCUCCAGACAUGACCCAGAGAUCCCUGUUCCUGCUGGACGAGGUGUCCAGGAAGAGAGGCCUCUUUGAGAAGGAGCAGCCGGCUCAGAGUCCCACCAGUCCAGGAGUUUCCAGACAGGAAUUUAGGAGCUUCACAUCAGGAAUGUCUGACCGGAUCAACCGCUGGAUGAACAAGGCAAACCAACCAGGGUCUUCACACAGUCCUUCGGACUUGAGACAUGUGGACAUCAAUAGUAAGAGGAGCUUGUUUGAGAACAGAGGGGAGGAAAGCGUCUCAAAAGGCACCCCUGGAAAAAUCUACAAGUGAAGAGCGGUCAUUUACAAUGCUCAACAGGAUUUCUAAUACAGCAUGAGGAGAGACGGCGAUUGAGAAAAGAUUAAUGGAUGCCAUGACUGACUGAUUUUCUUCUUCUUCUUUUUUUCUUCAUUGCUAAUGGCAGAAACCAGCAGGAGUCAUGAAGGGGGGGGGG